AUGCCUAUGGCCCAAACAAUGCAGGGUGUUCCUGCUGGCUCGGCUGGCGUAGAUCCCGCUUACUGGACCCACGACCUGUCGAACGGCUCUCUUUCCCCACGGACAAUGCAGCCGUCACCAGGAGGAUACUCGUCGGCCCACGACAGUAUAUCACAGAGCAUAACGCCUACCGCACAAACACCGCAGUCAGAUAACAGCCGAAAAAAUUCGUCUGCAGAUGGCCAACAAAACAGCCAGAAAGGCAAAAACGCCGCCGACGCCAACCAGAGAGCUUCUGUCGCUGUCGCGUGCGUGCCGUGCCGUAGCAGGCAUCUGAAGUGUGAUGGCGGUGUUCGAUGUUCGAGAUGUCGAGCGGAUGGUGUUGACUGUACUUAUAUUAAGUCACGGCGUGGAUGGAAGGGUAAGAGAAAGAGCAAGCCAGAAGACCAGAUCUCGCCAUCUGCCAUCAACGGCGCACAAGCACCUCCAAUUCCCAUCAGUAAUGGCCACAUGUCGAACGGUACCAUCGUUGCUCCUCAUGGUCAAUUGUCGACCCCCAAUUCUUACUAUAACGGCGAUGCACCAAUCAUGAGUCAACCCAGCCCGACAAGUAGCCUUAGCGUCCAAUCCAUGCCUCCCCCUGCCGCACCCCAGCAAAUGAAUCUCAAUGGGACCCAGAGGUUGAACAAGUUCGGCCACCUCGGUCCUGAAACAGCAAUCCAAGCGUUCUAUCACUACUUUUACGCUUCACAUCCGUUCUGCUUACCGGAGGCGAGGCUCCUGGAGGUUUUUAAUCAACGAAAAGCUCCACUACUCGAGUGUGCGGUGCAAUAUCUUGGCUCAAGUUAUAUCGCUGCGAUACCUACGGCAAUGUACAAGGAGGCCUUGGACAGAUAUAUCGACAGCGGGAGCUAUGCAAGAGAUGGGUGGUCAGUACAGGCAUUAACGCUUUAUGCCAUUGGUCUCCAUGCCAACAACGAAGUACCUCGGGCUUCUCACAUCUUUGCUAUCGCACAGGACUUGACACUUGAGGUCGGCCUUAACCGUAUGGAGUACGCUUUACUCCACGGAGAGUCAAAUCCGCAAAUCGAAGAGAGCUGGCGGAGAACAUGGUGGGGAAUCUACUGUGCAAACGGCAUGCUGUGUGCCGUCAACCCCGGUGUACAGUUCAAACUUAAGGACGUUCUUACAGACGUCCCGCUUCCAUGCGAAAACGAUCAGUACUUUUCAGGCCAAAUUCCUUACCCGGCGUCUUUGCAAGACUACGAUGACUCUGCUUUCAUGCCUUCCCUUCCCGUCUACUCUUCUUACACUUACUUGAUCGAUGCUAUCCGCAUCUUAGGCAAGGUUUUCGAAUGCGCCCGCCUCGACUCGGCGUUCGAGUACCAUGCAGUCGACGUCGUCGACCAGUAUCUGACUAAUUGGCGUCUGCAUCUUCCUGUCAACAAACUCGAGAUCGUCAACAACGACGGCGUGGUCGACGAGGUGCUCUUCCAAGCUCAUAUGGUCAACGCCGGCAGCACAAUCAUGCUGCAUCGACCGCGAAGCAAUCUGGGCUUUGGCCGAGUCGAAGGCGUGAACAUCUGCGUGCAACCAGGCCAGGUCCUGCUCCCGACGCAGACGCGUGAGAUCCACACAGCCAAGUGUCUCACCUCCGCCGAGAACAUAUCGUCUCUUAUCCGCCUCCCCGGUCAUCUUCUGUACCACACGCCGUUCUUCACGUGUGUCGUUGUUAUGGCGUCCGUCGUGCACCUCUCCUACUGGUCUUUCCUGGUUCCUGAUGGUCAGGACGAUAUUGUCAAGCAGUCUAUUCGUCUCGAUGUUGGUACACUGCAGCAGUACAGCAACACCUGGCCAAUCGCUAACGUGGUGCUGGGUCAGGUGAGAGGCGUGGCGCACACAUUGUUCAGCAGCAAGAAGGCCAUGAGCAUCCAUUUGUGGAGCAACAUUGCCCAGGGCGAUGUGAUCAGGGACGUUAUCGAAGAGGGUGGCAGCGUGCCACCGCAAAACUAUGCACAGUUGAUUGCUCCGUAA